AUGGAUAGAGAUGUGAGGAAGAAUCGGAGAUGCAAAGGUUGCAUCGAAGAAGAGAAGAUGGGUUUGCUUGAAUUCAAGGCUUUUCUUAAAUUGAAUAAUGAGCAUGCAGAUUUUCUUCUCCCUUCGUGGAUAGAUAACAACACUAGUGAAUGUUGUAAUUGGGAGCGGGUUAUUUGCAAUCCCACCACAGGUCGAGUUAAGAAGCUUUUCCUCAAUGAUAUAACGCGACAACAAAAUUUCUUGGAAGACGAUUGGUACCAAUAUGAAAAUGUCAAAUUCUGGUUACUAAAUGUCUCCCUAUUCCUUCCUUUUGAAGAACUUCACCAUCUAAACUUGUCUGCAAACUCAUUUGAUGGGUUUAUUGAGAAUGAAGGAUUUAAAGGGUUAUCAAGUUUAAAGAAAUUGGAGAUCUUGGACAUAAGUGGUAAUGAGUUUGACAAAAGUGCCUUAAAAUCUUUGGGCACAAUAACAUCACUCAAGACAUUGGCUAUUUGCAGCAUGGGACUGAAUGGAUCUUUUUCCAUUCGAGAAUUAGCUAGUUUGAGAAAUUUGGAAGUGUUGGAUCUAAGCUAUAAUCAUUUGGAAAGCUUUCAACUAUUGCAAGAUUCAAAAAACUUGUCCAUAUUGAAAAAGCUCGAGACCUUCAACCUCAAUUACAACAAGUUCAAAAACACUAGCCUACAACAAUUGAAUAUAUUUACAUCCCUUAAAAAUCUUUCUCUAAGAAGGAACUAUGUUGGAGGAUUUUUUCCGAUCCAAGAAUUAUGCACUCUAGAAAACUUGGUGAUGUUGGACCUAAGGGGGAAUGACUUUAUUGGCAUGCAAGGUUUUAAAAGUUUGCCUAAGCUGAAAAAGCUGGAAAUCUUAAACCUUGGUUCUAAUAUGUUCAACAAGACCAUUAUAAAACAGUUGAGUGGACUCACAUCCCUUAAAACACUAGUUGUAAGCAACAACUACAUUGAGGGAUUUUUUCCUUCCCAAGAUUUUGCAAGCUUUAGCAAUUUGGAGGUAUUGGAUUUGAGUGGUAAUUCAUUUAGUGGGAUCGUUCCAUCAUCUAUAAGAUCGAUGUCUUCUCUCAAGUCUUUAUCUCUGGCUGGAAAUUACCUCAAUGGUUCCUUACCAAAUCAAGUUUUUGCAAGCUUAAGAAAUUUGGAGAUACUAGAUUUGAGUUCUAAUUCCUUAAGUGGGAUUAUUCCAUCAUCUAUAAGAUUGAUGUCUCAUCUCAAGUUUUUAUCGUUGGCCGGAAAUCACCUCAAUGGUUCUUUACAAAAUCAAGGUUUCUGCCAAUUGAAUAAGCUUCAAGAGUUAGAUCUUUCUUGCAACUUAUUCCAAGGGAUCCUUCCUCCAUGUUUGAAUAAUUUGACAUCUCUGAGGUUAUUGGAUCUCUCUGCCAACCUAUUCUCCGGAAAUAUCUCUUCCCCUUUAUUACCUAAUCUCACAUCCCUGGAGUACAUCGAUCUCAGUUACAAUCAGUUUGAGGGUUCAUUCUCUUUCAGCUCUUUUGCUAAUCACUCCAAGCUUCAAGUGGUCAUACUUGGAAGGGAUUACAACAAAUUUGAGGAAGUUGGAAGGGAUACCAACAAAUUUGAGGUAGAAACUGAAUAUCCAGUUGGUUGGGUUCCCCUGUUUCAGUUGAAGGUUCUCUCUCUAUCCAGCUGUAAGCUCACCGGUGACCUUCCUGGUUUUCUUCAAUACCAAUUCAGGUUAGUGGGGGUUGAUCUCUCACAUAAUAACUUGACAGGAAGUUUCCCCAAUUGGUUGCUUGAAAACAAUACGAGACUAAAAUCUCUAGUCCUGGGGAAUAACUCUUUAAUGGGUCAACUACUUCCCUUGGGACCUAAUACCCGUAUCAAUUCAUUGGAUAUCUCACACAAUCAGUUGGAUGGACAACUUCAAGAAAAUGUGGCCCAUAUGAUUCCAAAUAUUAUGUUUCUAAAUUUAUCCAACAAUGGUUUUGAAGGUAUUCUCCCAUCCUCAAUAGCUGAACUAAGAGCCUUAAUGAUUUUGGAUUUGUCUACCAAUAAUUUCUCUGGAGAAGUACCAAAGCAAUUGCUUGCAGCAAAAUUUUUGGAGAUGCUGAAAUUAUCAAAUAAUAAAUUUCAUGGUGAAAUAUUUUCAAGGGACUUUAACUUGACUUCGUUGGAAGAUUUGUAUUUGGGCAAUAAUCAGUUCAUGGGAACUCUGUCAAAUGUAAUCUGCAGAAGCUCUUGGUUAAGGGCGUUGGAUGUGAGCAACAACUACAUGUCAGGUGAAAUUCCAAGUUGGAUUGGUAACAUGACAUUAUUGAGAGCAUUGGUCAUGGGCAACAAUAAUUUUAAAGGCAAAUUACCACCUGAGAUUUCUCAAUUGCAACGGAUGGAGUUUCUUGACAUUUCUCAAAAUGCUCUUUCAGGAUCUCUUCCUUCUUUGAAGAGCAUGGAGUAUUUAGAGCAUCUACAUUUGCAAGGGAACAUGUUUACAGGAUUAAUACCCAGAGAUUUUCUCAAUUCCUCAAAUCUAUUGACUUUGGAUAUUAGAGAAAACAGGUUAUUUGGAAGUAUUCCCAAUUCAAUCUCUGCACUUUUGAAGCUAAGGAUUCUUUUGCUGGGAGGAAACCUUUUAAGUGGUUUUAUUCCAAAUCAUCUUUGUCAUUUGACUGAAAUAAGCUUGAUGGAUCUUUCAAACAACUCUUUUUCAGGGCCAAUUCCCAGAUGCUUUGGCCAUAUCCGAUUUGGGAAGAUGAAAAAGGAGGACAACGUGUUUGGACAGUUCAGUGAAUAUAGGUAUGGAAUGGAUUCUUAUCUUGUAUAUGCAGGUUACUUGGUGGAAUAUUUGCAGCGCUCAAGUUUAGUAUAUAAUGAAAACGAUGAAGUUGAGUUUGUCACCAAGAACAGGCGUGACUUCUACAAAGGUGGCAUCCUUGAAUUCAUGUCUGGAUUGGACUUAUCAUGUAACAACUUGAUAGGCGAAAUACCUCAUGAACUUGGAAUGCUAAGUUGGAUUCGUGCAUUGAACUUGUCUCACAAUCAAUUGAAUGGCACCAUUCCAAAGAGUUUCUCCAAUCUUUCUCAAAUAGAGAGCUUAGACCUUUCUUAUAAUAAAUUGGGUGGAGAAAUUCCUCUAGAGCUAGUUGAACUCAAUUUUUUAGCAGUGUUUAGUGUGGCUUACAACAACAUCUCUGGUAGAGUUCCAGAUACCAAAGCACAAUUUGGGACAUUUGAUGAAAGCAGCUAUGAAGGUAAUCCUUUCCUUUGUGGGGAACUAUUAAAGAGGAAAUGCAACACAAGUAUUGAGUCACCAUGCGCACCAUCACAAUCUUUUGAAAGUGAGGCAAAAUGGUAUGAUAUCAAUCAUGUUGUUUUCUUUGCAAGUUUUACUACUUCAUAUAUCAUGAUCUUGUUAGGAUUUGUUACCAUCCUUUACAUCAAUCCUUAUUGGCGUCAUAGAUGGUUCAAUUUUAUUGAGGAAUGUAUAUAUUCCUGCUAUUAUUUUGUUUUUGAUAGUCUUUCCAAGUUAUCAGCAUAUUUGUAUAAUUAGAUACUUUUAAUUGGAUGAUGUUUGCAUAAUUAAUUACUAUUUGUUUCCAUGAGAUAGAAAGA